GGCUGGCUGCAUUCAGUUAUCUCGAGUCGCUGGUCAUGUCAAAAUGUUUGACCCGUUUCUGCUAGUCGUAUUCGGUGUUGUUGCUGUUCUCUGCUACUUUCUGACCGAAAGGCGUAAUCCGCGCCACAUCGAUCGACAGUUUCCUGGGCCCAGAUCCUUUCCAGUUGUCGGCAACCUACUGCAGUUGGGUUUCACUCCAGACGCUUACUUGAGAACUUUGCUAAAAUGGUUCAACGAAAAUAACUACAAGAACUUACGUGUCUGGGCCGGGCCUUUGCCCUACGUAAUGCUCAUAGAAACCAAAUAUGUGGAGCAUGUGCUGAGCAGCACUGCUCUGACGUACAAAUACGAUCCGUACAACUUGCUCUAUCCGUGGCUAGGCAGUGGCCUGCUCACUGGCAAUGACCAUCAAUGGACAGUGCGCCGCAAGCUGAUUACGCCGUCCUUUCACUUCCGCAUCCUUAAGGACUUUCUGCACAUUAUGAACGAGACGAGCAGUCGCUUUAUGAAGUUGCUGGAGCAUGAGACGCACGCUGCCCAGGGCGAAGUGCUUGAUAUGCAGGCGCUGGUCACCAGGAGCACCAUUGACGUCAUCUGCGAGACUGCCAUGGGCACUCGAGUGAACAGCAUCGAGGGACGACCAUCCCCGAUGGUGGACGCCAUCGAUAGCCUUUGUCACAUCAUCUCGGAGCGCGUGUUCUCGCUGUUUAAGCGCGCAGAUGUAUUCUUCAAGUGCACCACGCUCUACAAGCAACAGCAGCAGGCUCUGACUACAAUACGUGUUGAGUUCGCUCAGAUCAUUGAGCAACGUCGUCGGCUACUUCAAACGGCCGGCUACCAAGCUGCACAGCUGGACGACGAGCUACUGGACGCCAAGCGACCCAAAAUGGCAUUUCUCGACAAUCUACUGACAGCCGAGGUGGAUGGCCAACCGUUGACAUUUGAGCAAAUUUUUGAGGAAGUUUCCACAUUCAUGUUCGAGGGCCAUGAUACAACUGCCUCGGCAAUCACAUUUGCCAUUUGGUGCUUGGCUUGGUCGCCAGAUGUGCAGCAACGCGCCUUUGAGGAGCAAGCGCAAAUGUACGCCACGGCAGAUGGAGCCGAGCGCCAUCCCACAUACCAGGAGCUGCAGGAUAUGAAGUACUUGGAUCUUGUCAUCAAGGAAACAUUGCGUUUGUUUCCCAGCGUGCCAUUCAUCUUUCGCACUAUCCGAGAGCCGACGGUCAUAGUGGACAAAUACAUGCCCAAGGGCACGACGCUCGUGCUGCCCAUUCUAGCCAUUGGCCAUAGUCCUCACAGCUUUGAGGCGCCCUACGAAUUUCGCCCGGAACGUUUCGAGGCAGCGGAGCGCACGCGGGCCAAUGCCUUUGACAAUGUGCCAUUUAGUGCUGGGCCCAGAAACUGCAUAGGUCAAAAGUUUGCGCUGUUGGAGCUGAAGGUAACGCUGUCGAAAUUGCUGCGCAGAUUCCGUAUUCUGCCCGCUCCCUUGGCCAAACAGAGCAUAGCCCAGGUCUUCGAUCAUAAAUAUAAGCCGGGUCCACAGGAAUUGAAACUUCACUUGCCCAUUACACUGAAGUCUUUAAGCGGUGUGCCCGUUCGACUGCAAAGGCGUUAGCUUUUGGGGACGAUUAUUAUUAUUAUUUAAACAAUUUUUUUCUAUGAAAUAUUUAUAGGCAAGUGUCAGCUACAAAGUACCUUGAGUUCUUCUUAUAUGUGAUUAUAAUAUUAUAAUAUUGAUAUAAAAUUUAACGAACAGGAAUUCAGUUAUA